GAAAUUUUACUCAACCUCACCAGCCUAACAGCCAUGUUGCUACACGAAUGGAUGUGCAUGUUAACAGCAUAAGUGAGAUUACUAAUCCACUUGAAUCCAAUCACAAAAUUGGCAAUCCUGUACCUCAGUUGUCAACAAACGCCUGUAACAUUUCUAUACAAACAAGUGAAAGUGAACUAGAUCUUCUAGGAGCUGUCACUAAAACACCUAACCCAGCUGAGCGUGCAAGAAAAAAACCAAUUAAUAAGAGAGAUCAAAAUUUAACACCAAAAGCUCCUAUUCAACAGACUGUUGCUUCAAAUUCUUACGUAAAACUUAAGCUUGGAGGUUUACCAAUCCAUGCCCGAGUUGAUACUGGGUCGGAGGUCACCAUUCUCUCCACAAAAGUUUACGAAAAAUUGAAAAGAAAACCAUCAAUAUUGGGAGAUGUUGCAAUGAGUCUGGCAAGUGACAAUGCAGUACUGAAGGGUUAUUUCAUCAAUUCUCUGAAAAUGAAACUUGGAUCCAGUACUUUCCAAACACAGUACAUAGCUCCCAUUCAUGAUGAAAUGAUUUUAGGUCAUGAAGUUUUACAAAAUUUGGGGGUGAUCAUUGAUAUCAAAGCUGGUACUCUUGUAGUAAGGGGUGAAAUGAUUAAAAUGACAGAAAUGCCAAAUAAAGAUCAAAAACCAAUUAUAGCAAGGGUAGGACUAAGGGAUUUUGAAAAUCAUUCCAGGUUAAGCAAUGUGUCACAUUUUGAAUUUUCUUCAGGCAAUUCCAUCGACCAAAUCAAAAAAGUGAAAGGGAGUAAAAGGAUACCAGGUUUGUUUGAAGAGUUACAUGAUAAAACCAACGUCCCAGAAUUUCAGGUGAGCACCGCUGGAAUUACCAAUGAACUGCGUGUAUGAUUCUAUCAGGAAAAACUUGAAGUAAACUCAUCUCUUUCAAAUAAAGAGGGGAGGAGUGUUGUGAUUGUGCCGGAAGCACUCCCCGAACUACGGAGACAAGCCUACACCACCUGGCGGGAGUGCAGUAUUUUUUUAGACUAAGUGCAGUUCGAGCCUCGACGCGAGAGGGUGCGGACUCGCCUACACACCUUUCUACGACUACUGUAUAUACCCACACAGUUACACAAGGAGCUUCGACCUGUGAAUACGGAGAGCGGAUCUGGCGACGUAGAGCAGAGCUAAAUAAGGACACUCGGUGCGAGGAGAGGACACACGAGCCUCGAACGGAAGACAGAUAGCUCGCAUAAAC